CGAUUGCAUCAGCUGGUCUCUUCCGGGCCACGUGGCGCAAGCGCAGUGUUCCCGGGGUCCCAGCCUGCGUUAAGUGGCCUCCGCUCACCUCUCUUCCAGAGCGUUGCUUUUGGGUUUCUUCUUCCCUUCGUGGUUUGUUGAUGUCGGAAGAGAAGGACAGGAGCCCUUCAGGGAAGAUGGGAGGCGAGGAGAAGUCGAUAGGUGCUGGGGAGGAGAAGCGAAAGGAAGGAGGCAAGAAGAAGAACAAAGAAGGAUCUGGAGACGGAGGCCGAGCAGAGUUGAAUCCUUGGCCUGAGUAUAUUAACACACGUCUUGAGAUGUAUAAUAAACUAAAAGCAGAGCACGAUUCCAUUCUGGCAGAGAAGGCAGAAAAAGAUAGCAAGCCGAUCAAAGUUACUCUGCCUGAUGGUAAACAGGUCAAUGCAGAAUCCUGGAAAACUACACCAUAUCAAAUUGCUUAUGGAAUUAGUCAAGGCCUGGCUGACAACACCGUUAUUGCUAAAGUGAAUCAAGUUGUUUGGGACCUAGACCGUCCUCUGGAGGAAGAUUGUACCUUGGAGCUUCUCAAAUUUGAGGAUGAGGAAGCUCAAGCGGUGUAUUGGCAUUCAAGUGCUCACAUAAUGGGUGAAGCCAUGGAAAGAGUCUAUGGCGGGUGUUUAUGUUAUGGUCCACCAAUAGAAAAUGGAUUCUAUUAUGAUAUGUACCUUGAAGAAGGGGGUGUGUCCAGCAAUGAUUUCUCUUCUUUGGAGGCUUUAUGUAAGAAAAUCAUUAAAGAAAAACAAGCUUUUGAAAGACUGGAAGUAAAGAAAGAAACUUUACUAGAAAUGUUUAAGUACAAUAAGUUCAAAUGCCGGAUACUGAAUGAAAAAGUGAAUACUCCAACUACCACAGUCUAUAGGUGUGGCCCCUUGAUAGAUCUCUGUCGGGGUCCUCAUGUCAGACACACUGGCAAAAUUAAGACUUUGAAAAUACACAAAAAUUCCUCCACAUAUUGGGAAGGCAAAGCAGAUAUGGAGACUCUCCAGAGAAUUUAUGGCAUUUCAUUCCCAGAUCCUAAAAUGUUGAAAGAAUGGGAGAAGUUCCAAGAGGAAGCUAAAAACCGAGAUCAUAGGAAAAUUGGGAGGGACCAAGAACUAUAUUUCUUUCACGAACUCAGCCCUGGAAGUUGCUUUUUCCUGCCAAAGGGAGCGUACAUUUAUAAUACACUUAUUGAAUUCAUCAGGAGCGAAUAUAGGAAACGAGGAUUCCAGGAGGUGGUCUCCCCAAACAUCUACAACAGCCGACUCUGGAUGACGUCGGGCCACUGGCAGCACUAUAGCGAGAACAUGUUCUCCUUUGAGGUGGAGAAGGAGCUGUUUGCUCUGAAACCCAUGAACUGCCCUGGACACUGCCUUAUGUUUGAUCAUCGCCCAAGGUCCUGGCGAGAGUUGCCUCUGCGGAUAGCCGAUUUUGGGGUGCUUCAUAGGAAUGAGCUGUCGGGGGCACUCACAGGACUCACGCGGGUACGAAGAUUCCAGCAGGAUGAUGCUCACAUAUUCUGUGCCAUAGAACAGAUUGAGGAUGAAAUAAAAGGUUGUUUGGAUUUUCUACGCACAGUGUAUAACGUGUUUGGAUUUUCUUUUAAACUGAACCUGUCAACUCGCCCAGAAAAAUUCCUUGGAGAUAUUGAAGUAUGGAAUCAAGCUGAGAAACAACUUGAAAACAGUCUGAAUGAAUUUGGUGAGAAGUGGGAGUUAAAUCCUGGAGAUGGAGCUUUUUAUGGUCCAAAGAUUGAUAUACAGAUUAAAGAUGCAAUUGGUCGGUACCACCAGUGUGCAACAAUCCAGCUGGAUUUUCAGUUGCCCAUCAGAUUUAAUCUCACUUUUGUAAGCCAUGAUGGUGAUGAUAAGAAAAGGCCAGUUAUUGUCCAUAGAGCCAUCUUGGGGUCAGUGGAAAGAAUGAUUGCUAUCCUCACUGAAAACUUUGGCGGCAAAUGGCCCUUCUGGCUGUCUCCUCGCCAAGUAAUGGUAGUUCCAGUGGGACCAACGUGUGAUGAAUAUGCCCAAAAGGUACGGCAACAGUUCCAUGAUGCUAAAUUCACGGUGGACAUUGAUCUGGAUCCGGGCUGUACGUUGAAUAAGAAGAUCAGAAAUGCGCAGUUAGCACAGUAUAACUUCAUUCUAGUUAUUGGUGAAAAAGAGAAAGCCAGUGGCACCGUUAAUAUCCGUACAAGAGAUAAUAAGGUACACGGAGAGCGUACGAUUUCUGAAACCAUAGAGCGGCUACAGCAGCUCAAGCAGUCCCGCAGCAAACAGGCAGAAGAAGAAUUUUAAUUGAAGAACUUGACCCAGAUUGGCUCGGUGGGAAAGGAUGAACAAUGUUUCUGUAACGUUAAUUUUAUACCCUAGAAAACAUCACUUUAUACCGAAUUUGGAACAGUUAGCAGAGUCUGCAUAGGUGACUGCAGGAUCAACCUAUUUUGUGACCUAGACAGGUUUUAGACAAUGUGUAUUUGAAGGAGGUAAUUAAGAGAGACAUUAAAAUGGUUUUAUUUGUUAAACACUGGAGCACUGGAAAUAAAACAUGAGGAAUGCUUUAAUGUAAUGUGGGAGAAUGUUUUUUAAUCUAAUGAAGUUGAAAAACAAAAAUUUUCAGAUUUGAUUAAAGUAAAAGACCAGAAUUGGAGUAUGUUGUAAAAAUAAAAACUUGAAUUUAUGGAA